AAAAUUUUAGGACUCGUAGGUAAUGAAACGUUAAGAGAAUAAUGGAAGCAUCUUCCAAAUUUAAGAGUAUUUUGCGUAUAAUAUUAUCUUUAUCUGAGUAGAGAACAUUCGAAAUUAAAAUUAAAUUAAACUCAAUUGAGAGUUUAUUGAGAGUUGAGAGAAAAAUAGAAUUGAGAGUAUACUUCUGUGGGUCGGAAGGCAGUAAUGUUCUUAAGGUAGUUUGAAGUUAAAAUUAGGUAAUGAAGCAAAAGAGAGAGAUUGAUGAGAAGGGAGAAAUGGGGUUCAUGAAUCUGAAUCAAAUGAACAAUUUAAAGCAUUGGUUAAGGGAAGUUGCUACUUCACUUUCAAGCGCCUUCAUUUCUCUGUUCAUUGAAGAAGGGCACUGGUUCAAGAUUUGAGGUUUUGAGCAGCGAAGAAACAUGUCUUUUUGGGGUAAAGUGAAAGCUUAGAGGCCCAAACAUGGACCGACCACUGUUUUAAAUGAGAAUCCACGAUUUGGGUCAGUGAACAAUGAUCAGGAUUAAUCAUUUGCGGGGGUCAAACAAAACGUGUCCUCAAGGUGUUCGACGAAAUGCCUCUGAGACAAUCCAAGGGACAACAAUAUCUUGUGCUUGUUGGGGAAGUUGUCUGGUGAGCUCUUCAUGCAGAGAAUGAGCCAAAAGCAGACGGGUUUUUUUUCCCUCUCUUUUCCUUUCUUUCUGCUAGCAAUUCCAAGCGUUUCUCUUUGCAGCUGGAAAUGUUUCAAAUGGUUAGUCAAAGAUUCCUUGUCCAUCCAAUGAGCAAAAAAAACGGGAACAGAAAGCAAAGAGAGAGCUACUGAUCAUUUUCAUGCUUACUUGCUUUUCUUUUAUUUUAAUCAAAUAAUCAUUUUCAUCUUUGUUUCUCUGUCAUUAUGUAAGAAAUUAAUGUCAGCCGUUGUCAUGACAUAUAUAAUCGUGUCUUAAUAUAUAAUUUCUUCAAAGUGUAAUAGUCUUUUUGUUGUUGUCCUCUUUUGUUUUUUUUCAAAGAGGGCAAUUUCAUGUAGAUAAAAUAGAUUUAGACUAUUUAUACACUCUAUUUUAAACUGUUUCUCUCAACUUUCAUUUUUCAUUUUUCUUCUUAGCCAUUUUUCAAUAUACUGUCAACACGUGAGCUAGGCCUCAUAGUAAAAAGAAAUAGGCACUCGCACUCCUCCAUCAUGGCCGCAUGGACAUGAAAGAGACUCGGCCACACAAUUCAAUACAUCCCGAUAAGCUUGACCAUUUUUUUUUUCCCAAGUAUUCCCUUGAUCAAGUUCCACAUUCUCUGAGAUAUAUCUAGUUCCCGCGUCUGAGACGUUUUGAUUUGUUUAGUUUAAGAUUGAGAAGUUUUCGAAAAUUUUGAAAUCUAUGCUUGGAUUUAUUAAGAGUUUUAUGAGUAUUGAGUUCAUCAAACUUAUCUAAUAUUUAGUUGUAAAUUUAUGGUUUGUGUGAAUUAUUGUUUGGUAUGGUUAUUUGAGACGUGGAUUGCAAAACUUUGGUGCUUUUAUUGUUUAUAACAUUAGCGAGCACUAUGUCAAAGUAAGAUAACUCAACAGUAAUUAGUAUGUAUUCCUUCCCUUGAGGUUUGAGGAUCAAAUCCCCAUACCUCACCUGUUGUACUUGAAGAUUAGUGAGCUCAUAGUUUGACAAACAAACACAAUCAAAUAUAAGUGAGACUUGGUUGUACCCAAAGAUUAGUGAGCUCAUAGUUUGACAAACAAACACAAUCAAAUAUAAGUGGGACUUCUUGUUCAAAGUAAUAAAAAAAUCCAACUUAUGAGCCUAAUACCUCUUUACAGAAACACAUCUUCACACUUUUAGGUAGUUCAAAAAUUGGGAAUCAAUUCCACAAAGUGACGAAUUACACAACGCUUCUUAUUCAUCUUAUUCAAAACCUUUCAUCGGACCAUAUGCUUUAAAGUCGCCAUGUAAUAUGGCAACUAGGACAAAUCCCACAUAGGAAUAUCAAAUUAUCUCAUAACUCUCCCAUCGUACCAAUGAACUUGGAUUAUUUUCUCGACAACUGCAGUUAGAACUGGUUUAUUUAUAUAAUUAGAUGAUUUGUUUGUAGUGAUCAAUAGGAACCAUUGAUGGAUACAAAAGAGAUGUAAGAUAUGUGGGAAGGUUUCAAAGUGGAUAGGGAAGAAGAAUGAGAAUGAAGGUAGCACAGAGAGAUUGCGAAUGGGAAGAAGUUGCGUAGGGUGGACCAAAGAGACUUGACAUAUCACAUCAGGGGGUUGUUGUGUUUGUUGAAUAUGUUCAUAGGCAGAGGCAUGAUAAAGAAAAAAGGAAAGAAGUGAAAAUUCAUGAUGGUGAAUCCUCAGGCUCAUACUACCCCCCUCUACACCCCCCCCCCGUGUUUCUCCACUUGUACAGAAAAAAGCUCAAAAUGCCAAAUCUUUUUUGAUUCAUCAUUCAAACCUCUGAUAUGUCACUCUUCAUCAAUUCAACCCCCCCACUUUACUUUUCUAAUUCUGAUUGAACUAGCCCCCACCAUGCCUACCUGACCCCACCAAUCCCUCCCUCUCUCUUUCUCUCUUACUUACUGUCAAACCCCCUCUUUUCAUUUCAACUUCUCACCUAAAAAUUUUCACUUGGGAUUGCCAAAAGAUUGUGGACAUCUUUCAAAUCUCUGUCUGUGGAAAACUAUUAUGAGACUUCUUUAGCUAAUUUAAGUCUUUGGAUUUGAGGGGUGUUCCAUAAGUAUACAACAGAUUGGUUUAGUUUGUUGUGUGAAACAAGUGGGUGUUAAAGUUAAAGACAUAAUUCCAUCAGUUGAUUCAAAAUUGUUAAAUUUCCAUUUUUAAUACAUAUUGUCAAAAACUAGUGUGUGAGAUAUAACUUGCCUUCCUAAUGAUCGAAAAAUCUUAGAAAAUAUAUUAGGCUUUAAAUGUCAUUUUCUAAAUUUUAGUUUUGAACAAACACUUCAAGAUGGUUGGCCCUGUAAGAUUCUAGUUUUCUCAUCUUUACUUCAACCUUGUAAGGUCAUUAUCUUGGAUAAGUGGAUCAAAUCCACACAAAUGUAAAAAUCUUCAAACACUGGCAUUGGAGUAAAGAAGCAAAAUAAUUUUUAAAAUUUAAAUAAUAAUAAUUUUUUUUUUAAAAAAAAAAAAAAAAAAAAAAAACCAAUUUUUACAAUCCCUAGAUUUUUCUAUUAUUUUUUUACAGUUACUGUCACUAAUCCCUUUUCUCUGUCUACAAUUUCAGUGGGUUAAUUAGCAGAGCUCCAUGACGUGUGCUUUGGAAACCCUCCUCCAUUAAAAUAAUCCCUACUCGAAUGAGAUUCUUUAUUUUCAAAAAUAUCAUUUAUAUAUAAACACACAUAAUUCAUUAAAAAAAAUUAAAAUUAAAAAGAUAUUAUAAUGGCGUAUCUCUGGAUAGGGAAAGGAAAGAAAAACCAGGUGUGUGAUACCCACUGCCACGCCCCUUUCUUUUAACCUGUUUAAGGGCCCCUUCCCCUUAUAAAUACCGCCGGAGCUUCUCUCCCUAAACUAAAUAAAUCCAUUAUCUCUCUUAAAACCGCUCUUCACUCUUCACUCACUCUCUACAACCUUCCAUUUUUGCCAAAGCUCAAACCUUUCCUUAACCCCACUUCACACUUCACUCAAAAAAUGUCUUCUUUUUCUUCCUCUGCCGCCGCCACCGCAGCAGCAGCUGUUCCGCCGCCGUUUUACAUGGAGGAGAAGUGGAAGCUGCCGAAGAAAGGAGCUCCGGCUAGAAGCAGAUCAUCUUCUUCCUCAUGUCCUCUGAUGAGAAAUUCAUCUGAGAGAAGAUGUUCUUUUACAAGAAAAUGUGCAAAAUUGGUUAAGGAACAAAGGGCUCGAUUUUACAUCAUGAGGCGCUGUGUUACCAUGCUCAUUUGUUGGCAUAACUACAACGAUUCCUAAAAUCCCACUCCUUUCUUAUUCUUCCCUUUUAAGAGAAAGAUCAGAAUCAAAACCAAAACCAAAACCAGAAUCAGAUCAAAUCAUUUGGGUCUUCUUCUUCUUCUUUUUUCUUUUUGGAGAAAAAUGCAAUAUUCUAUCUCCUCUGUGCUUUGAGACCUGAAAAUGGAGCUGUUAUGGCCAAAACCCAGAUGAGAUUUUGCAGAAAUAUUGCAAAUCCGGAUCUUUGAGAGAGACUAGAGAGGAACAUUUAUAUACUUGUAAAUAGUUAUAUGAUGUAAUAUUGGAAUCUCUAAUGGUUUUUGUUUUUUGGAAAUUAAAUUUUGUUUUUUUUUUUAAUCUGAUGGGUGAGAUUUGUAGGGUUCUUUAUUGACAAGCAUUGAUCUCUGUAACUUCUUCCAUUGUUUCUCUCUAAUCAAAUGAAAUCUUCUUCUUCA